GCAUUCAGUGCCGUGUUUGGGGCAGUCCAGAGACUCGACAGACGUGGGCGGGAGAUUCAGAAGCCGGUGAUAGGGGCAGAGCAGAAGAGGAAAGAGUACAGGAUCAAACUAGGGAACGGAAGAGCGUUGAUCAAUGCCAAGUUGGCAACAGAGCUUCGAUCAAUAGCAGUGACGCGCGAUGAAGAAUUCAAAAGCGGCCUCGAGAAAUUUGCAGAGCUGAUCGCAGAGUGCGACAAAUGCUCUCGAGAGCUCAAUUUGCAGCUCGAAGCUGAGUUCAAGACAGUCCUGGAAGAGGCUGCUACACAGGAGGCGAAUUACAUCUCACACCCCGACAGACGAAUGACGACGCUGCGUCUAGAAUUCGAGGAGAUUGUCGAUGCCAUUGCGGAGCAGGACCAUCUCGAACUUCAGGAAAGACUUUAUCGGAGUCAGAGGUACUUAGCGGAAUUCAAUAGGACAGUGGAAGAAUUGUGCACAGGACCUCCCAUUCUUGUCCAAGCAAGCGCACCCGAAUCUUCAGACGCAAUUCAGGACAUCCAUCCCUCAUCUCCAACAUUCAACGAAUCCUCAGACACCCCUUCUGCGAAACCCUUACAAAUCCUGAACGAGGACGUCAAUUUAUCGUCGAAAAACAAGGCUCGGUCGACUAACGACGGUAUUGGUCGAUUACCAUCCAAGGUCGUACCAGAGGCAUUCCAAGCAGAGGCGCAACAGGAAGGUAGAGGGCGGUCUGAUAACAUGGGGCAAGUGAGGCUCAAGCGCCAAUGGCCUCGUGAAGACCAAUUGUUGAAUACACAUGAACUAGGGGAGGGCGAGAUAGGCCAGACCAAGCGCCGCCGGAUCGAAAACCUAUCAUCAUACCCUUUCCUACAAGGCGCACAAUCGUGGAAUAAUAGAAGAAGCAUGCCUUCAGUGCCAGAAGCAGUUCGCCAGAUCCACCCCUCGUCUGCGAUGCCCUCUGCACUUAAUACGAGUCCAACCCAUCGACACGAGAAGCUGAUCAUCAAAGUGGAUUCAGCUACAAUGCUCGCAGAAACCCCUUCAUCUUCCAGGUGGAGCUCUGGCCAUAUGAUUCAGGGAAUACAUGGCACACACCAGCACAAGGGGCUCUUAUCAAGGAUCGAUUCAUCACUGGGAAAUAACCUGCAGCCGAAGACGAUUGAUACACCGUUCUCAGAGAAAAUCGAUCAACACCAAACAAGUGGAGGUAUGUCUAGCACGACGGUGGACCCCCAGAUUGGUGAAGGCGGUCCAUCACUAUUGAACCAACAAGCACACUCGUCGACUGUUGCUAAUGUUUCACUAGUGCUGCACGGAAAGCAUCACCCCUUCCCUCAGACCUCAACCCAAUUCACGAGAAACAACCUUGAUUCAUCAUUGCAAGUGACGGCGACUCUUCGAGCCCAUGAAACGGUACCUUUGGCAUCGAAACAGGUAAAGAUCAGGAUCAGGCGCCCUUUAACUAAGGAAGUUCAACACAUACACACUGCAAAUGAUUACUUUCGGACCGUUCUGGAGGCCUGUGGUCCAGGGAACGGGACAGCACAGCGAGUUAAAAACUUUUCCAAACAGAUCUAAGAUCUAAACUUCAAGGCAUGCACUAGCCAUAUCAUCGAGGCAAUACGGAAUUUGAGGGAGUCGGAUUGGGAUACAUUCAGGGGCCUACCUUCUGUGAUUUCCUUGAUCAUU